UCCGUCUGUCGUCCGUCUGUCGUCCGUCCGUCUGAAACACAACAACAUGCCGUCGCUGCUUCUCCACAUCUUCUCCUGCCUGUGUGUCCUCUCAGCGCUGGCCUGUGUGUCCCGAGCCUCCGGGGACACGGUGGUGGGCACAGCCGGGCGGAGGGUGACGCUGCCGUGUCGGUCGGAGGCCGUGAAGCGGAGCGGGGUGGAGGUGUGCUGGGGGAGGGGGGAGCCGUCCCUCUUCACCUGCCACAACAUCCUGAUCAACAUGGCCGGAGAAGACGUCUCAUACAGGAAGUCGGACAGGUUCUCUCCAUCCUCCACCUCCUCUCUGUCCAUCUUCCCCUCUCGUCCAUCAGACUCUGGGUUCUAUCACUGCAGAGUCCAGCUGCCCGGUCUGUUCAACGACCAGACCGCCACCGUGCACCUCAUCGUCCUCAGCCCUCGCUCUCCGGCCGAGGACACCGAGGACACCGAGGACACCAAGGACACAGAGGACACAGAGGACACCGAGGACACAGAGGACACCGAGGACCUGGACGCCCCGGACACUGCCCCCGGUGACACAAUACAAAGUCUGACAGAGGAACAAGGAAGUGAGGUCACCAACCCCACAGAGCCAAUGGUGGCGCUGGUUCAGUCACCUGUUCAGCAGCCGGUGACCAGUUUCCAGACGUUCAUUGGAAACACACUGAGACUGUCGUUCAUCCUCUUCAUCCCCCUGUCGCUGCUGACUGCUGCCUACAGAGUGUGGAGGUGGAGCCAGAGACCAGAAGCUGACAGGGGGCUCAGCCAAUCAGAGGAGGAGGAGGGAAACACCUCAGUGUAGACACUUGAGACCCGUGUUUGCUUGGUUACCUGAGUCACCUGAGGUUCCUGAG